AUGGAUCCGUCCGCCUCAAUUAAAGAAGUACUAGUUGAAAGCGCAGUUGACUGGGGCCCUCUGGGAGACUUCCUUCUAGACAACGUUUACGUCACGCAUCACGGGCGACGGUUAGACUCUUGUUCAACACUGGAGGAGUCAGAAGUGGGCAACCUGGACGUCCUGCAGCUAAGGGGUCGACUGAAGAGCACUUACUGUCCUCAAGCUCACAGUCUAGUGUAUGAGUUUUGCUUCCUUGCUUGGCAGCUCCAGCAUUCAGGACUUGGGGAAGUUGCCUUGCAAAACUACUUGGAUGAAUUCAAGAGCCUUAGCACAGCUUUGAUGUGCUGCAUCCAGGGCCGCGAUCCAGUCAAGGCUGGUUAUCUGGCCCGCCUGUUCCUUGCUACCGAUUGUGUAAGGUACAUCGUGACGAUGCUUUUAGGACCUUCUGCAAACUCGUUCAGGUCCCAAGCUGAAUACAAGCGCAAAGUCGUCCGCAUGGAGCUUCUGUCGAGCUUGCUCUUUGCCUCGCCCUCCUCCGGACCUACUGCGCAGAUCCUGUACGGAAACCUCGAAGAGGCGAUCAACGGAGUUCUUGAUGAACUCGGAAAGCUGCCUCUUCCAACUGAUGCUCGAAAGCAAGGCACGCAGCUUGUCUCGGCUCUGCUCCAGGGACUGCGCACGAUAGCCAAUACGGAUGCCAGUCUCAAAAUUCGUUUCUCCGCUCUCCUCCGCGUCCGAAUCUUCCCAAUCGUAUCUCUUGUGUUGGAAGAAAUGAAGGAUCUUGCGUCCUCUGGAGGAUCGUCUCCCUGCUACCUGCGAUGGUUCUGGUCCUUAGAAGAGAGCGCAGAGCUUCUUGACCCCAAAUGGAAGCAGGAAUGGAUCCGCUACUGCUUCCGUAGCCGCGAAGAAGACAACGGUACCCAACAUGAGGUCGUCAUCCAGAGAGGCACGAACCUGCUGACUCAAGCCGUCGAAAACUUAGGGUCCGCCUCCUGGAAGUCUCUCAUGCGGCCGCUUGCUGUGACCUUCGAGGGAGAAGAGGGGAAGGGGCCAGGUCUCUUACGGGAGUUCUUUACCCUGGUCACGCGGCAGCUCUUUGACCCUGCGUGUGCGCUGUUCGUCGCGACCGGUCCCGACAAGCGGUGCUUCUUUCUCAACCACGCCUCUAGCAUCAAUCCCGGCCAUCUAGCUUACUUUAGGUUCUGCGGCCGCUUUGUCGCACUCGCGCUGUCCGGGGGGGUCGUUUUGGGAGUUCGCUUCACUUGCGGACUGUUUGAUCUGCUCAAGAAGGCAGACGCAAGCUACGUUUGGAACAUCGAAGCGGCUCUGAAGACAGCGGAGGAUCUUGAUCCGGUUCUAUUUGACAGCUGCAAGAAGCUGCUGGCAAUGAGUGCGCAAGAAUUGAAGGAGGCCUCUUUACCGUUCGUGUGCACGGAACCCGACGGCUUCGGCGGAUCCAAUGAAACGCCCUUGAUCCACACAGAUGGGGAUCGUUUCGUAACGACAGCGAACCGGGAGUUCUUCGUUUGCGAAAAGAUUCGGCGCCAGCUGCUAAAGCCCGUUAUGAAACAAGCAGCAGCGCUCAAGGAGGGGCUCUCGUAUCUGCUACGGCCCGGAAUUGAGCUGUCCGAACUCCUCGGACCUUUGGGGCGGCAGUACUUUGACCAACUGCUUCUCGGCCAACCGGAAGACCUCUCCAUCGUGGACUGGAAGGCCCACACAGUCUACCACGGCUACGGCGCCAAGUCAAAGGUCAUCAAAAGGUUCUGGAAGGUCGUGGAGGGCCUCUCGGACGAUCAGCGGCGACGCCUCCUCUUUUUCGCCACUGCUGUGAAGUCGCUCCCGCUCGCCGGUUUUGCCGGCUUACAGUCCCGAUUUCACAUCCACAAAGCCGAUUGCGCGUUGAACAGGUUGCCCACCGCGCACACGUGCUUCUUUCAGCUUGUCCUUCCGGCGUACGAUUCCUGGAAAGCUAUGCGACGGAGUCUGCUGACUAUCGCGCAGGAGGAGGUUUCGCAAGGUUACGGGAUGAUUUGA